UUUGCAGCUGAUGACUUAUAUAAUAUAGGUUAUGUGAUACACCUGCAAAUACAUACAGUCUGUAAUUUUUUAUUGCUUACUUGAGGUUUAGAAAAUUUGAAGUUGUAAUACACAAGAUUAUCAUCAUGUCUUCUGGGCUCAUUCAACGGAAGACAGAAGCUACUAUGGCUGCAGCCCAGAUGAAAAAGAAAGAAAGUCGAAGUGAUGACGAGAAAAGUGAUGAUGAUAGAAUGUCUGAUAGUGGGGACAAGUCUAUGCGAUUAACUUUAAUGGAAGAAGUUCUUCUGAUGGGUUUGAAAGAUCGUGAAGGUUACACAUCAUUUUGGAAUGAUUGCAUAUCAUCAGGAUUAAGAGGUUGCAUUCUGGUUGAACUUGCUUUGCGUGGAAGGAUUCAGCUUGAAAGGCAACAAGCAAGGAAAAGAAAAUUGUUGGAUAGGAAGGUACGAUGUAAAAAUGACGCACCUACUGGGGAUGUUAUCUUAGAUGAAGCUUUGACACAUAUUAAGAAAGGAGAAACAGAAGAAUCAGUUCAGGGAUGGAUAGAUCUGCUGUCUGGAGAAACGUGGAAUCCUUUAAAAUUGCAAUAUCAAUUACGAAAUGUACGGGAACGCCUUGCCAAGAACCUUGUUGAGAAAGGAGUUCUAACAACUUCAAAACAGAAUUUUGUUUUAUUCGACAUGACCACACAUCCUGUUGUCAAUGAUGAUGUAAAAGCAAGCCUUCUAAAAAGAGUUCAAGAUGCUGUUUUAACUAAAUGGCCAAAUGAUGUUGAAAAGAUGGAUCGUCGUACACUUGCUCUGCUCUACUUGGCUCAUUCCAGUGAUGUUCUCGAAAAUGCGUUUCAACCUUUGUCAGAUGAAGACUAUGACACUGCUAUGAGAAGAGUUCGCUUUUUGCUCGAUCUGAACCCAGAAGAACAAGGAUUACGGAACAGCAAUAAUGAGUUACUAUGGGCAGUUGUGGGAGUUUAUUUAAAAUAAAUUUGAAGAAUGCACACACACAAAAAUUUAAAACAAAUUCUUGCGAUAAUGAAAUGACUCGUAUUUCGUCCGUAACACAAUUGUUUAUAUGAAACUUGGUCCAUUUUUAUAUUAUCAAUUGGAAACUAAUCGUUUCCUAGCUUCGAAUCGUGGUGCUGUUUGAUACUUUAUCAUUAUUCAAAAUGAUGUGAAAGCAAAAUAUAUAUUUUAUUUCCAAGGCGAAAUCGACCCAUCGUUCGUUACAGCAUCUUAGGAUUAGUUCCAUUUAGUUGGUGUUUCUCAAUCCAUAAACCUGAUUCCCCAGAUGUUGACAUUGUAUUCACACCUUUUUCUUACAAGGUCUUAAAUCAUUAUCGCUUUGUUGAAGUAUUUUUCUUCAGUGUGGAUAUUCAGGUCAAAGCAAAGGCUCAGUGAAACUAAUCUCAUAGGAGCAGCCAGAUGGUCGAAAUAUUGAGGAGCAUUGCCUUAAAUCAUAAGUCACACAUUGUAAUCGAAAUGCCACCAUAUUUAUAUCCUGAAAUCACUUGAAAAACAGUGCUGCAAAGUAAAUUACGGUAGUUAUUUUUGUGUUGUACAUUGAUACAAUGUCAUAUACAGCUUUCCAGUAUGUAUUAUAUCUGAUAUCUGUUUUAUAGGGCCAAAAUUAAAACUUAUUUUAUUUAUUGAUGUAAUUUUUUUAUGUUUGAUGGAAAGUGAAGUUGUCUUGUUGCUGUUUCCAAGAAAUAUGAAACAGUAUUCACAGAUUGCAUUCUGUUUAAGCAAGGGGUCGGCAACCUUUUGUUGCUUGCGGGCCAAAAUAAAGGUUGCAAAUCAUUGGCGGGCCGCACAAAUUUUUAGAAAGUUGAAAACCUAACAGAUGCUAUUUUUAUAAUAAAAAUGAAGCAGUGAUACAUCUCUCGAAUAGAAUAUAGAUUUAUUUUCUUAUUGCAUUGCAUUUUCGGCGCCAUUGAACCCUUUGCAACAACUUUUCUGCGUUAUGUUCCCAAUUGUCUAAAUAUAAUUAAAUUAUUAGGCUGAUUAAACGAGUAACUGUAUUUUAUACUUGUUAGAAUAUAAUAUAAUUUAGUCUAUACGCGUCUUACAAUGAAUUGUGUAACAUGAAAAAUAUAAUCGUCAAAACAGCUGUUUUGUUAUUAUAAUUCAGUGAAGCGUCACGGGCUGGAUUAUAUUGCUCCGCGGGCCCUAGGUCGCCGACCCCUGGUUCAAGCUAUUGUACAAAACAUUUCACUUGAAGUUUCCAGUUGGAAUUUGAAUGUUGAGCAGUGUGUAUCAAUCAAUAUACAGGCAUCACAUGUGAUAACUUUGCAUUCACUACAAGAUUUCAACGAAUAAAUUUUCCUAUAGACAAUAUAUUCUAGUUGUCCACAUACUCUUACAAAGACAUCAUUUUUGUUAUCCAUUUAUCGGUUGUAUAUAGACUGCAGUGCAUCACAAUGCAGGGAUAUACAUAUAUGUAUAUAGUUGGGAUUUAUGGAAUUGUUUGUAAUUCAUUUCAAUUGUGUUGAAUCAUGAUAUAUCCACAUUUUACUGAAAAAGCAUAUCCUACCAAUUUGUUAACAGCUAGCUUGUGUCAUGACAAUGACAAGAUAAUGAAAUGAAUAUAUACAUUGCAACUCAUCUUUAUUCCAGAUUUUGGCUGAACUUAAUUGGGUUUAAGUGAUUCAAUUAUCUUUAUUUUGGCGAUGAUGAAUCUGUUUUUGUGAUUGGAAUGUUGUCCAAAUAAAGUUUUUAGAUAGGAAAACCAGUGCAUGCUCUUGUUGAUAUUUUUAAAUUCUUUUAACACUAAUAUAAUUUUGUAUCCGGAUGAUGUAAAAUGUAGAUAUUAUGCUAGUACAAAUCUUUUAUUUAACUUUCCAAACGCUUUAUUACUCUUUUUGUGCCUCUCUUCGCUUAUUUUCUGUCCAUGUCAUUGGAUAUUCUGAGCUAUUUGUGGUAUGUACAUUGUAGUGUUGUGUUUUUUCACUGGGUUCGAUUGCAAAAGUAGGAGACUCGCCAUCGUACAUAUAAUAAAACUUAGUUCAGAUAUUUUUGUGCAUUUCAAGUAUGGUGUUUAGUUUUUGCAACUUAUUUGUCAUUGGAAUCGGCGCUAGUAAAUAAUUCUGGUAUUUGUAUUUUUGCCCACCCUUGGUCCAUCAUUGGUUGUGUUUUUCUGCACUUGUAGUUAGAUAAAAAUUUGCUUUUGGAAUAUAUGUGUGACAUUAUAAGUUACUGUUCUGCCACAUGCCUUUUAUUCAACAUUUUCAAUUAGUGAAUUGAAGCACAGCUAUAUCAUCCUUUUAUUCAAACAGCACAUUGGCUUACUCUGUAUUGUCAAAAAUUAAUUAAUUGAAACAGUGUAAAACUAAAUGCUAAUACAUUGUAUUUUAACGGUAUGCUUUUCAGCUUUUUUAUGUUGUUUGGAACCCAGCAAUAUGCAUUUUUUCCUUUCGAGAGAAUUUUUUUUCGCAUUAAUCUGAUGGUCUCUACAAUUCACUUCUCUUUCUCUCAUUUUGAAAUUGUAACAUGACGUUCCUGACAUAUUGAGAUAUUUAUGUUUUGAGAAUUCAACAAAAGGAAGAGCCAGAUUGUGUUUGAAAAUGAGGAUUAGUCAAUUUUUGUCUUUUGAGACAAAAAUUCUAUAAACAAAUAUUUAUAUUCAAAACUCUGAAAUUCUAGCAGAGUCAACAGGCAAGCUUUAUACUGCUCUUUAAAAUAUUUAUAAACAAUGUUAAUAUGUAAUUCUUUAAUUGUACAAUUGUAUGUUUUAACACCGAUGUACUGCCAAAGUAUGCUGUUACCGUAUAUUUUGUACAAUUCGCGAAUUUACAAAACCUUUGGCCUUAACGUUUUUAUCCCAUUAAUGGUAGACAAUAUAUAGACGCUUCAUUUUACCGUAUAUUGAUGAUAUUCUUGUUAGGCAUUUAAAUAAAAUGCUCUGCUGGAAUGAUUCUUUAAAUACUCUUCAGUGACUUAGGAGUUUGACUUAGUUAAGUCUUAAUUUUUUCUUCCAAGGAUUCCUGUUGAUGAAUAAAACCUCAAUUCAUUGAGGUUGACAUGUGUAUAUAUAUAUAUAUAAAA